AUGGUCAAAUCGGCCGAAGAACAGUCAGAACCAUUUCUGACUCAAAAACGACCUAAUAUGGGUGGUUUAAUUGAUAAUUUUCGUUCAUACCCAACGACAGUAUUUCUGAUGCUUGGGAAUGAAUUCUGUGAACGUUUCUCGUUUUAUGGAAUGAAAGCCAUCUUAACAUUGUAUUUUAUUAUUGAACAUCACUAUUCGCCAAGCACAGCAACACUCAUCUAUCAUGGCUUUACCUGCUUAGCUUAUACAUCACCACUUAUUGGAUCUCUCUUAGCUGAUUCUUAUUUGGGAAGAUUCAAGGUUAUUCUCUAUGGUUCCAUGAUAUAUGUUCUUGGUCACAUACUCUUGUCCUUCGGUGCCAUUCCAACGUUUGAAUAUACUACUCGAACGUUCUUUGAUUUCUCCGGUUUAAUCGUCAUUGCUUUUGCUACAGGAGGAAUAAAGCCUUGUGUAUCGGCAUUUGCGGCAGACCAAUUUUCUGAACAUCAAGAAGAUUUGCGAGCACAAUUCUUUUCCUUCUUCUAUUUUGCUAUCAACGGAGGCUCAUUCUUUGCAAUUAUCUUGACUCCAAUUCUACGAGGAAGAGUUUCAUGUCUUGGAUCAGAAUAUUGUUUCCCAUUAGCCUUUGGAGUCCCCGGAGUCUUGAUGCUUAUUGCUCUUCUUUUGUUCUUAAGUGGAUGGAAGAAGUUCAAGAAAUAUCCUCCAAGCAGGGAAAAUAUCUUGUUCGCCGUAAUUUCAUGCAUCGGAACAGCAGCCUACCGUACAACUUCAGAGAAAUCCUCCAAGCCCGUCGCUCAUUGGCUAGACAGAGCUGCUCCUAAUUAUACUCCCGAAAUGAUCAAAGCCGUUCGUGGGUUUGUUAAUGUGGCUGUAAUCUUCUCACCGCUCGUUGUUUUCUGGGCUUUAUUUGAUCAGCAGGGGUCAACAUGGGUAUUACAAGCUCGGAGAUUAGAUGGAAGGAUUGGUUGGCUUACAGUCCUACCUGAACAAGUCAACACGUUAAACCCCUUGAUUGUGUUAAUAAUGGUCCCAAUUUUCGAAGGAAUUGUGUAUCCAACAGUCAAGAAGUUCACAAAGGUAACACCUUUAAGAAAGAUGGCCAUUGGAGGCUUGUUGACGGCUUUAGCUUUCGUUAUGGCAGGGUUUUUACAAUUGGAAGUAAACAACACAAUGGAAGAACCUCCAACCAAUGGUAAUAUCUACGUACAACGAAUUGGAAAUUCGUCAAACUUGGGCACCCUCUCAUCUGUAAACGGUGAACUUGUGAAUGCUGGUAUUCUGCCAUCUGGACGAACAGAAAUGCUUAAUGGCAUGUAUUCGAUAAACGUCCUAAACGAUCAGCACUAUUUGAACUUGACAGAAUCGGGAAUGGGAUAUGUUGUGGGUCUUUUCGAUGGUACAGAUGGAAAAUCUCGCCUUGAUAUGUUCAAGUACUCCACGGAGAAAGCUGAUAAUGGAGCUUCUCGUAUCUAUCUUAUAGUACCAUCAAUGACCAAUGGAACGUUCUUUGUUGUUGAUAGCAAUGAACAUAUAGUUAGUCAAACACCACUGCGAUCAGGAGAAAAGGUUGAUAUUCGUCCACCUAUUAUUGGCAAACCUGAAUACAUGUUAUACUUUGGAGAAAAUUGUUCCGGGACGGAUUGCCCACGAUCACAACCAUUUACGAUCCAAAUGGGAUCAGUUCAUGUACUCCACAUACACGAUCAUACGGAUGAGAGCGAUUUUCAUCAAUUGGUCCGUCCAAAUACCGUAUCCAUAUUAUGGAUGAUACCCCAAUAUGUUGUUAUUACACUCGGAGAAAUUUUAUUAUCAGUAACAGGCUUGGAGUUUGCAUACUCUCAAUCAUCACCUAAUAUGAAGAGUGUCUUACAAGCUUUAUGGCUUUUGACAGUAUUCAUGGGAAAUGUUAUUGAUAUGGCAAUCAGUGGAACUCAUAUCAUUCCUGAACCGGCAGCUGAGUUCUUCGUUUAUGCAGUGCUGAUGGUCUUAGUUAUGGGAGUUUUCAUUCUAUUAGCAAUGCGUUAUGAAUAUGUUGAUGAAGAAGAAGCUAAGGAUAAAGCAAUUGAGACAAAAGAACGUCUGCCAACAGAAUCUUCAACAUAUUGA